AUGGAAAUGCCAAAUGAUCAUGGACGUUAUUAUGCUCUUUGUAUUAUAGACUAUGCAUCAAGAUACAAGGAUAGUCGGACGUUAACACGUAAACUAAGUAGUAAGGUUGCUAUGGCAUUUGAAGAUAUUUAUAAUAAUCCAAAUUCCCUUCUUAACUGGCCAGUUGUUUUGAAAGUAGAUCAAGAUACUGAAAUGAAGGGUGAAGUUACAAUAUUAUUUGAGAGCCAUGGAACACGAAUUGAGCAUGCUGAACCAGAACAUUAUGUAUCUCUAGCCUUUGUAAAUUCAUUUCAUAACCAGCUUGAGCGUCGCUUGUUCAAGGGAAUGUAA